UGAUUGCAGGUGAACUCGACGUUUCCUCACGACAUUACGAGCAGAUGUCUCCUGCAGAAAGUUACCCUGAAUACACGAGAACCAAUAAGGUGCGCCCUCCACUGUCAGAACACACCUGGGUGCUCCCUCUACUGCCUUCAAGAUCUGGUGUGUACACUCUACAAUGCGAUGGUGACACAGGCGUGGAACGGUAAAACGCUGUUAACUGGAAUACCCUUUCAGAGGUGCUUCGCCUCUUCUCAUGAUCCUAGAGACAUAGCACUCUCCAUUGCAAACUCCUCAUCCUCCAGUACCUUUAAUUCCGAUCGGAAUUCCCAACAGAUGUACAACGGCUACACCUGUUUCUUUGUCGACUACUGCUUCAUGACCAUUAACACAGUCGAACCUUAUUGGAAAGGCGACUUGGGUGUUCCUUAUCAGGUGUCCACCAUCAAGAUACUGACACGUCAAGAUGCAAACACGAAACACUUCUUCCAAGACGUAACAGUGCGACUGGGAAACUCAAGUGACUACUUCAGCAAUCCGAUUUUCGCCUUCUAUGCUGGACCCGCUCCUCUCAAGGCCUUGGUGACUUUGGUGAGCCCUUCUCCAGCCUUCGGGCGCUACCUCCUCAUCCAGUCUGGCGUUAGUGACUUCUUUUGUAUGUGCUCCAUCCAGAUCUUCAAGUAAGCAAGAGUUCGGUAUGAAGAGAUCGAGUGUGAUGGGGGAGUUUCCUAUAACUGGUGAACGUAUCUAAAAUGAAAAACACUAGAAAACAAAAUUCACGCUUUUUAUUAUUAAUUAUAAACAGUAAAUCUGGUGUAAACAUAUGAACAAUGAAUAUUGUCUUAUUGAAAGAAAUACCCAAUGUACAAUACCUGAGGAUUCUUUCAACCAAGGUCUCUGGGGUUACAGACCUUGCUAUCAACAGCUUGUGCUUUGGUGUUGCCCCGGGAGUGAUAUGUGCCACCUCUAGCGCCAUUGUCAUUUUUUAUUUUUUUAUUCUGUGUAAACUAAUAGACUAACUUUGGUUGGCUAUUUUAGUGCAGUGCAAGAUAUUUGCUCCAAACAACCCCUAAAAAAGAAUUGGUUACAUUGAAAUCCCAACUCACAAAUUAUUACAUCAUAAUCGUAGCUCAUGGGAAACAAAGUGGCUGGUGAAAGAGUUUCUGAGAUGAUGAUAAACAUUGUAAAGCAUAUACUGUCCAGGAGAGCUGGUGUAUGUCUAGUGUUGUUACGUAACGCAUCUGUUCUGUCCGAGAUUUCGCCUAGUAGUUUUUAGAACUGGUGUCCAUACACACUAUAAGACUAUGCGGACCACCUGAAGAUUGCCCCCCCUCCCCCCCCAACCACACUUAUUUCACCUUGGGAUUAACCACCUAACCCAACUUAACCCCUAGAUAGCAUUAGGGUAGUUAAUAUUCAUGUGAAAUAAGAUGGAGGUGGAGGGGAGACUAUGCUUUUAGCCAUAUGGUCCUGUGGAGGUUUAGA